GUUGAUGUAAACUAAGGACUAGGAUAAGUACAAGGCAACAGUUACCAAAUCAUUCUCGUGAACUUUUCAGACGUCCCGAGAUGAUCCAGAUCCGAAUAACAACACGAAUUGACACUGCACGCUCCUCAGAGACAAAAGUGACUCAGUGAAUAAUAGGUCGACGCGUGGAGUGAAAUCUUGUCAUUGUUAUAUACCUCUCCUGGAAAAAAAACCUAACUAUGGUUUUGAUAGACUUGGAGAUGGUGUUAGUGCUGUGCUUGAGUGUGCUGCUGGCGGUUGUGGAUACGGGAGAAACCUGGCGAGUCAAAACUAGAGCUUGCCCGCAAGGAUGCAACUCUUGCUCCCUGUUCAACGGCUGCAUCACCUGCAAGCCUCGCUACUUGCUUCUCCUGCACCGUAGCGGGAUGAAGCAGGUUGGUUACUGCAGGAGGACCUGUCCGCUUGGCUACUAUGCUAGCCGGGGAGGCGACAUCAACAGGUGUUCCAAAUGUCAGGUGGAAAACUGUGAAGACUGUUUCGCGCGGAACUUCUGCGUCAGAUGCCAGUCUCCGUACUACGCGCAUGAAGGCAAAUGCUUCACAGUUUGCCCAGAGGGAACGUGGGGCGACAGGAAAAGCGGUGAUUGCCUCGAAACAGUUCAUUGCGAGGUAUCGGAAUGGGGAAGCUGGAGCACGUGCCGCAAGAACGGCGCGGACUGCGGCUACAAGUGGGGUGAGGAGACCCGUAUGCGAGGCAUCAUGACCCAAGCAACACCGGGAGGAAAAGCCUGCCCGGAACUCACCGAGACGAGAAAGUGUCGUAUACUGCAAAGAAACUGCCCAGUUGAUUGUGGAGUGUCCGAAUGGAGCAGUUGGAGUCCAUGCAGUAAGGACAGCGCCGAUUGCGGCUAUAAAUGGGGCGAGGAGACCCGCGUCAGGCAUGUUUCUACCCCACCCUCAAACGACGGAAAGAUGUGCCCGGACCUUACGGAGACAAGAGAGUGCCGCAUGCUGCAGAGACACUGCUCAGAUGAUGAAGCCGACACAGAAACAGGUAAAAAGAAAGGAAGGAAAAAUCGAAGGAAUAACAGAAGAAGGAAAAAUAGGAGGCGGGACCGACCCCGAAAAUCGCGCACGCACAGUAGCACUCAAACGCAAGGGGAAGGAGAAGACGUCAUUACCACAGAAAGAACUAGACUUCGGUCGAGAACCGAGGACCCCGGGGUACAAUCCCGAGAGAUCUCACGAGAUUUACCGACCGAUCUGCUUUCCAUUUGAUGCAGUGAGGAUUCGUCAGCGAUUUAAUGGAUGGAAAGGACUCAAGAGGGCGCUGUUGUUGAAAACGAUGGCCGCAGGAGAAAAAGUGUUUUGUGGACACAAGAUCGUGGACACCACAGAGAAAAGAAAAGCGAGGAUUCAAAAGCUUCGGGAGUUUUUGGCUCGAAUGACAACUGGGCAAGUCUUGUGGAGAUCCCCCUACCACGUUUCAGUGUUCUUGUUGGAUUGACCUGGGGUCAAGUGGCUGUUACUGUUUCCCUUCCAGCUGUGUAAAUGAAUAAAUGAUUACGCGAACCAGCUAAAAAUCAUGGCUUGCAUUAUUCAUCAGGUUGUGUCAUUGUACGAGACCCUUUUAGGACAUGUUUCCUGUUUGAAAAAUUGUCCUUCGUGCGUCUGAAUUUCAGAUGCUUGAAUUGUUAUCCGUAGAGGACGCGUCUUCGCGCGUCUUCUACCGUUACAUCUGUAGAUAAGGUUGCCUAAAAAGCAUGAUUUAAGUAAAUAUCUCUGAUAUGCUCAUUAACAAAUCAGUUAUUGAAUGCUCUACAUUAAAUACGGUCACUGAAUUUAAUGUAGUAAACAAAACACAAAAGAACUGAACAAUUCGCUACGUAAAUACGUAUCUUUGGCGCUUUCUCCCGCCCAAAUAUUGAAACUGACCAAUAUUCACGAUUUCUUCUGGCACGUUUGGCUUCGACCAAAUCAGAAACCGGAAGUAUAGCCAGGAGACUGAGUUGUUAAUAUUAUUUUUGUUCCUGGCCGUUGGGGGCGCUGUACACACCUGACAACGUAGAAAUUACGCUUUAACGAUCGAGGAGAUAUUUAGUAAUUGUUGACCGAAUAAACGGGCACUAGCGAAAUGCCAUUCUCGCGCAAUUUCCAAGCGAAACUGAUGCGAGCCACGAUUUUUGUUUAAGACCACAAGAACACAAGUGUGUUAAAGAAAAUAAACUGGUAACGAACCGGCGGUGCCCUGUUGAAAAAACAAAGGCAUGGAAUGUCUGUGGCUUACUGUUCGCCCUCAUGUUUAAGCAUUGAUGAUCUUCUGUUGAUAAGUAAUAUCUGACUAAAUAAUUGCUUGAAUAUGCUCAGUAUUUAUUUGAAAUGAACUGAAAACUAAAUUGAAAUUAUUUUGUUUCACAUAUUAAAAGCGUCUUGUACAUUUUACUUUAAUCGUGUAUAUUAAUAAAAUGCAAUAUUUUCUUGGAAAGUGACAAGA